AUGGCAUCAAAUCCAAAAGUACUAAAACGAUUCUUUAGUGAACAAGGUCGUCAAAAUUAUGCUUAUAUUAGUGAAGAAAAUGAAACAAAUAUGACAAUGCUAUCAUUACUCAAACAAUAUCACCGAAUACCUUUCGAGCAUGAUCAACAGUCGAAGAAGAAUUUUCUUUCUCAAUUCAAACUACAAGCUGAACAUAAAAUUGAUAAUUUCGGAAAGGAAGCAGGACAUGAUAGUGGUUUAUUCGAGACAUUGACAGUCAGUGAUGUCAUAUCAAUACCAGAAGAUUCAAAAAAUAAUAUUAUUAGUGUCUCGUCCAUACCAUCUCAUACUAUUGUUGAAACGAAUGAAAAUUCUCAUCGUGAAAUGAAAUCGGGUAGUCAACGAUUCCGUUGGAAUCUUUUGUUCAAUGUUCUAGUUUGGUCGAUUGUACCACUUCCAUUUUGGAUACCUUUUGUUUCCAAUAGACUUGCCUACUUAUUAUUACCAUGCAUUCAAGGUGUAUUCGUUUUCAUGUGGUUAAUUAUUGCUAUAUUGGCUCUGAAAAAUUCUUUAAUUUUGUAUCUAAAUCGUUCUCAUGAUUUCACUAAAGAAUAUGUUGGUUACGAGAAGAUACCCAUUCGUCAUAUUGUGACAAUUAGUUGUUACAAAGAACCUGUGGAUUUGAUUGCGAGAAGUGUUCAAACAGUAGCAGAUCAAACUGAAGUUCAUCGAAUAACAAUGGUUAUUUCAUUUGAACAGCGAACGCCCGAUAAAGAAAAAAAAUGUCAAUUUUUGCAAGAAAAAUUUCAAAAUUGUGGCUUCGAAAAGAUUAUAUUCACAAUUCAUCCUUUUGGUUUGCCCAAUGAAAUACCAGGAAAAUGUUCAAAUUCAAAUUAUGGUCUGCGUAUGGCUGUCAAAGAAAUGAAUAUUACUGACGAUGAAAUGGAUAAUAUUUUGGUAACAACUUGUGAUGCAGAUUCUAAAUUUUCACCCCAAUAUAUUGCUGCAUUAACUAGCAAAUAUCUGAAAGAAAAUCGACCAGCAUUAACUACAAUCUAUCAGGCACCUUUAUUUUAUAAUUGGAAAUUGGAUAGCCUAUCGUUUGUUACUCGUGUAACAGGAUUGUUACGUAGUUUGCUCAUGUUAGGUGCACUAAUUCCGUUCAAUAUUAACACAAUGAGCAUUUUCUCAUUUUCCUUACGUUUAGCAAAAGAAGGAGAUUUCGUACAUCCUGCCUAUCAAAUGGAUGAUAUCAUAUGUCUCAUUCGAUGGAUGGGCGUAACACAAAAACGAUUGCGAAUAUCCAUGAUACCUGUGCCAGUAGUGAGUGGACCUACAUUAGGAGAAACAAUUGAAACAGAAAUCAUCGAAUGGACAAGACAAGCACGUCGUUGGACAAUUGGAGCAGCCGAAGUAUUUCAUUAUUUCAUUAUCAAAUCAAGACGUAUGCCAGCAAUAGCUGCAUGUUCUUGGGGUAUUGUUUUUCUUAUUUAUUAUGGUGUUUUAUUGUGUACUAGUGGUUUGUUUGGUCUAACGGCAACUUUGUCAAUAGCUUUACUUAUCAAAGAUGUUCCAGUAGUGAUCUCGAAUAUCAUGUAUGGUUUAUUGGGUUUACAAAUGCUAACAUUUUCAGUUGCAUUCUUCAUCGAUGCAUUCAUUGCUAAACUAUUGAAUGUCAAUGAAUGUAUUUGUCUUAUACGAAAUUUAUUUCAUUUUAUAACAACUCCAUUUGUCCUUUUGGGUUAUUCUUUUGUUGAAUUUUAUGCGUUACAUGAAGUCGUCAUUUUCGGAAAGAAAGUAUGCAAACAUGGUGCAUCGAAAAAAGUAGCUCUCUAA